AUGCACACGUGGACAAUACAUCACUUCGAUGCCGGAGGCGGGAUCGCCGUCGUGGAGAUGCUGUUCCGGUGCAACAUACUGGCCGUCGUCGGGGGCAGGUCGAACGCGAUAUGCCCGGUGAACAAGGUGAUGAUCUGGGACGACCACCAGUCACAGUGCAUCGGGGAGAUCUCGUUCCGGUCCGAGGUGAAGUCGAUCGAGCUCCGGCGGCACCACAUCGUGGUGAUCCUUCUGCAGAAGAUAUACGUCUACAAAUUUGCAGACUUGAAGCUGCUGCAUCAGAUUGAGACGACCGCGAAUCCGAAGGGUUUGUGCGUGGUGUUGCAGAGUUCGGGGCAGAUGGUUCCGGGCAGGGUCGAGCACUAUGCUUCGAAGAGGACUAGGUUUAUAAUGGCGCAUGAUUCGAGGAUUGCAGCCGUUGCGCUCUCCCAGGAUGGGAGAUUAUUAGCAACUGCAAGUAGUAAGGGGACCCUAGUUAGGGUGUUUAAUACUCUCGAUGGGUCGUUGCUCCAAGAGGUAAGAAGAGGUGCAGAUCGUGCAGAAAUAUACAGCCUGGCCUUUUCUUCUACUGCUCAAUGGCUGGCGGUCUCAAGUGACAAAGGAACCGUCCAUGUCUUCAGUCUAAAGGCUGAUUUUGGCACGCUGAACAAUGACAGAUUGCACAAUACAUCUGAAAGCCACGUGUCUUCCUCCUCCAUGAUCUCAUCACUUUCUUUCAUGAAAGGUAAUAUGCCAGGAGUUGCUUUUUGCUCCAUGCUUUGCAGGUGUUCUGCUAGGUACUUUAGCUCAGAAUGGUCAGUGGCUCAGUUCCGACUGCAUGAAGGUUUACAGCAUGUUGUUGCUUUUGGACACCGGAAGAACACAGUCUUAAUUCUUGGCAUGGAUGGGAGCUUUUAUCGAUGCCAAUUUGACCCAAUGACUGGUGGAGAGAUGACUCAGCUCGAAUACUAUAACUUUCUGAAACCCGAGGAAACUUUGUGAGGUGAAGCUGUGUACAUGUCUUUUGACAUUAGCGUGUAUAUUGCCGAUAACGCUCUACCU